CCAGAAGGUUAUAUUCAUUGUUUUAUACAAUCCAUCUCCAGUCAUGGGCCUUUGGGGAAUACUUUGUUUUCUAAUCUUCUUGGAGAAAAGUUGGGGACAGGAACAAAUAUAUGUCAUUUCAGCACCCAAAGUAUUUCGAGUUGGAGCAUCUGAAAAGAUUGUAAUUCAAGGUUAUGGAUACACUGAAGCGUUUGAUGCAACAAUCUCUAUAAAAAGUUAUCCUGAUAAAAAUUUUAGUUACUCUUCAGGCUAUGUUCAUUUAGACAGAGAAAAUAAAUUCCAAAACUCUGCAGUCUUAACAAUACAACCCAAGAAAUUGCCUGGAGGACAAAACUCCAUUUCGUAUGUGUAUCUAGAAGUUGUAUCAAAGCAUUUUUCAAAAUUGAAAAAAAUUCCAGUAACCUAUGACAAUGGAUUUCUCUUCGUUCGUACAGACAAACCUGUUUAUGCUCCACAUGAAUCAGUAAAAGUUACAGUCUAUUCCCUGAAUGAUGACCUGAAGCCAGCCAAAAGAGAAACUGUCUUAACUUUCAUAGAUCCUGAAGGAUUAGAAGUUGACACAGUAGAAGAAAAUGAUUAUUCUGGAAUUAUCUCUUUUCCUGACUUCAAGAUUCUAUCUAAUCCUAAAUACGGUGUGUGGACAAUUAAGGCUAAAUAUAAGGAGAACUUUUCAACAACUGGAACCACCUACUUUGAAAUCCAAAAAUAUGUUUUGCCACGUUUUUCUGUCUCAAUAGAACCAGAAAGUAAUGUCAUUGGUUACAAGAACUUUAAGAAUUUUGAAAUUACUAUAAAAGCAAGGUAUUUUCACAAUCAUGUAGUCACCGAGGCUCAAGUUUUUGUCUUUUUUGGAAUAAGAGAAGAUGUACAAGAUGAUCGAAAAGAAAUGAUGCAAAAAGCAAAGCAGAACACAACGUUGAUAAAUGGAAUUGCUCACAUCACAUUUGAUUCUGAAACGGCAAUUAAAGAACUAUCAUAUAACAGCCUAGAAGAUGUAAAUGACAAGUACCUUUAUAUUGCUGUAACAGUUGUAGAGGCUGCAGGUGGACUUUCUGAAGAGGCAGAAGUACCUGGCAUCAGAUAUGUCCUCUCCCCCUACACGUUGAAUUUGUUUGCUACACCUCUUUUUCUGAAACCUGGGAUUCCAUAUUCCAUCAAGGUACAAGUUAAGGAUUCACUUGACCAAUCGGUAGGAGGGGUCCCAGUCAUCCUGAAUGCACAAACAGUCAGUGUAAACCUAGUGACAUCUGACUUGGAACCGAGGAAAAGUAUAACAAGUCUCAGUGACGGAGUGGCUUCAUUUUUGGUUUAUCUCCCGUCUGGAGUAGUGGCACUGGUGUUUUCGGUCAAAACUGAGGCCCCAGACCUUCCAGAAGGAAAUCAAGCUGGCAAACAUUACCAAGCAAUUGCAUACUCAUCUCUCAGCCAAAGUUACCUUUCUAUUGAUUGGGCUUCACACUACAAAGCUUUGCUUGUGGGAGAAUAUCUGAAUAUCGUUUUAACUGCUAAAAGUCCAUAUAUUCACAAAAUAACUCAUUACAAUUACUUUGUUUUAUCCAAGGGCAAAAUUGUACAAUUUGGCACAAAGGAGAAAACUCCAGGUUCAUCUUCGGAAAGUGUAAACAUUCAAGUGACACAGAAUAUGGUUCCUUCAGCCCGACUCCUGGUCUAUUACAUCAUCACAGGAGAGCAGACAACAGAAUUAGUAUCUGAUUCAAUUGUGUUCAAUGUUGAAGAAAAAUUCUGGAACCAGCUGCAGGUAUUUCAUACUGUGGAGAAGAGUGACCUGGGCUAUGGGACAGGUGGUGGCCGUGACAACGCAGAUGUAUUCCAUCGAGCUGGACUUACCCUUAUCACCAAUGCAAAUGUAGAUGAGUCCCAAGAACAUGAUGAACCUCGUAAAGAAAGUUUCAAGCAAAAAAGAAAUCUAACAGAGAAAAUAGAAGAACAAGUUGCUAAAUACAAACAUGCGGUGCUGAGGAAGUGCUGUUAUGAUGGAGCCCGUCGUAAUGAUGAUGAAAGCUGUGAGCAGCGAGGUGCACGGAUUACCAUAGGUCCACGCUGUAUCCGAGCUUUCAAAGAAUGCUGUCUCCUCGCCAACGAGAUCCGCGCUGAAGAAAGUCUUAAACACAAAUAUCUAGCAGGGAGACAUUGAAGACUCGCAAAGAUUUCAGCUUCAUCCUAACCACAAUUGGAAUAGUCUCACUUUCCUUCCACACAAGGCUUGAUCUUUUGCAGAUUACACCUAUUUUCCAUGCCUUCAAUUUUGCUGGAAACUAAAAUCAAACUUGGUUAAAUAUAGUGAUAAAGUCUUUCUUUGCAUAAUUAUAAUUUACCAACCAUCCUCAAAAAUGAGAACAAAAUGGUUAAACAAUUUUACCAGAACAGCUCAACUACCAACUCUUUAUUGCUAUGCCCAGUAAUCCUACACAGUUUACUAUCAGGCUUCAAGGAUUGGUAACUCAGAAGAAAAGAGUGUAUCCGUGGUGACUCUCACUGACUACUAUGAAAAAUUCUACUGGACAACCAUAGAAGAGCUGGAGUUCUCAACAGCACAUACUGCCAUCUACUACUGUCUUGGUCCAGAGAUGUCCAAAAUUAUUACAUUAAGUCAUCACAAAAAGAUUUACCAUGCAAACAGGAUAGGAGAGGCCUUACAGUGAUAUGAGUUUAUGACUAUAACUGUUUUAAUCAGAAUAUUUAAACUAAUAAAAUACUUAUCACUCAUAUUGAUAAAUU